AAAGCAGUAAAGGCUGGGAACUAGGUACCUAUUGGUUGACUCGUGGGCCAAUCGGAAGAGCCCUGAUUUGGCGGGAGUCUUGACCUCCGCCGGGGCUCUUGGUGUCUCAGUGCGAGCUCUGGGUGUCUGGCUGCCGUGGUCAUGUUUGUGUCCGAUUUCCGCAAAGAGUUCUAUGAGGUGGUCCAGAACCAGAGGGUCCUUCUCUUCGUGGCUUCGGACGUGGACUCUCUGUGCGCUUGCAAGAUCCUUCAGGCCCUGUUCCAGUGUGACCACGUACAGUAUACGCUGGUUCCAGUUUCUGGGUGGCAAGAACUUGAAACUGCAUUUCUUGAACAUAAAGAACAGUUCCGUUAUUUUAUCCUCAUAAACUGUGGAGCUAACAUAGACCUAUUGGAUAUCCUUCAACCUGAUGAAGAUGCCAUAUUUUUUGUGUGUGACACCCAUAGGCCAGUCAAUGUCGUGAAUGUAUACAAUGAUCCCCAGAUCAAAUUACUCAUUAAACAAGAUGAUGACCUUGAAAUUCCCGCCUAUGAUGACAUCUUUAGGGAUGAAGAGGAGGAUGAAGAGCAUUCAGAAAAUGAAAAGGACGAAUCAGAGCCUUCUGAGAAGCGCACACGGUUAGAAGAGGAAAUAGUGGCACAAACUAUGAAGAGGAGGGAGCGAAGAGAGUGGGAGGCCCGGAGAAGAGACAUCCUCUUUGACUAUGAGCAGUAUGAAUAUCAUGGGACGUCAUCAGCCAUGGUGAUGUUUGACCUGGCAUGGAUGAUGUCCAAGGAUCUGAACGACAUGCUGUGGUGGGCCAUUGUUGGACUAACAGACCAGUGGGUGCAAGACAAGAUCACCCAGAUGAAGUACGUGACCGACAUCGGUGUCCUACAGCGCCAUGUGUCUCGGCACAACCACCGGGACGAGGACGAGGAGAACACCCUCUCUGUGGACUGCAUGCGUAUCUCCUUCGAGUACGACCUCCGCCUGGCACUCUACCAGCACUGGUCUCUCCAUGACAGCCUGUGCAACACGUGCUACACUGCAGCCAGGUUCAAGCUGUGGUCUGUGCAUGGACAGAAGAGGCUCCAGGAGUUCCUUGCAGACAUGGGGCUCCCCCUGAAACAGGUGAAGCAGAAAUUUCAGUCCAUGGACAUCUCCUUAAAGGAGAAUUUGCGGGAGAUGAUUGAAGAGUCUGCAAAUAAAUUUGGGAUGAAGGACAUGCGCAUACAGACUUUCAGCAUUCAUUUUGGCUUUAAGCAUAAGUUCCUGGCUAGUGAUGUUGUCUUUGCCACCAUGUCGCUGAUGGAGAGCCCCGAGAAGGACAGCUCAGGGACAGAUAACUUCAUCCAGGCUCUGGACAGUCUCUCCAGGAGUAACCUGGACAAGCUGUACCUCGGCCUGGAGCUCGCCAAGAAGCAGCUGCGAGCUACGCAGCAGAUCAUUGCCAGCUGCCUCUGCACCAACCUCAUCAUCUCCCAGGGACCUUUCCUCUACUGCUCCCUCAUGGAGGGCACGCCAGAUGUCAUGCUGUUCUCCAAGCCAGCGUCCCUGAGCCUGCUCAGCAGACACCUGCUCAAGUCCUUUGUGUGUUCGACAAAGAACCGGCGCUGCAAGCUGCUGCCUUUGGUGAUGUCUGCCCCGCUGAAUGUGGAGCAGGGCACAGUGACUGUGGUGGGCAUCCCCCCAGAGACCGACAGCUCGGACAGAAAGAACUUUUUUGGACGGGCAUUUGAGAAGGCAGCAGAAGGCACCAACUCCCGGACACUGCACAACUAUUUCGACCUCUCAGUAAUUGAACUGAAAGCGGAGGAUCGGAGCAAGUUUCUGGACGCGCUUGUUGCCCUCCUGUCCUGAGGAGUUUGAUUUCUUCAGAAACGACUUUCUCCUUAUUUAUAUUAACUGGCUUUUAUUUAGGUUGUAAGUUAUGGACAUAGUUUUAGAUACUGGGACAGUAGUUUUUAAUGAAAUAAAAAUGCUUAUUUUAGGUUUGGUCCCCAAUCUUUACUCCAAUCAUAGGGCCAGUGUUUGGUUGUGCCCUGAGCCUUCUGUGGGUCCACAGCAGCCUUGAUCCUGUGCCCCAGGCGCCCUCGAGGCCCAGCAGGAAAUCAGCAUCCUGAGGUGGGGGUGGGGGUGGAGACAGCAACGGGCAGAGGCCAGGCGUCUGAGCACCUGGGCCUCCACACGCCACCUGCACUGACCACUGCCCAGCAAUGCCAGUCAGGACCUGGCUCUGUCCACCCUCACACCACUUCCUCCUGUCUGUCUGGUUUUGGCAGCAUCUCAAGUUCUCCCUCUUGACCAUGUCACCCUCCAGGCCUUUCUCCUCCCUCAGUCCCCCCCACCCCCGGCAUGUCUGUCAUCUCACCCUCUAGCACCUACCUGUCCAGGCAACCCUGGCCCCACAGUCACACAGCUGGUACUGCCAGGCUGCUAGACAAGGCUCUAAGCUGGGAAGGGCAGGGAUAGCUGAGGGGCCCUGGAUGAAGACAUGGUGCCUACGAGGUCAACUUCACCUGUGUCUUGAUCACAGAGGGUCUGAGCUAGACGGGACCUCAGUGACCUCCAAAGUCUUCAGAAUAGUGAGAGUUCUCAAUCAGGAGAGCCAUGGGAUCAGCUGGUCCCACACGCCUGGAUGUCUCUGGAGUAUGAUCAACAGCAGGGGUCGGCAAACUUUUGAGAUGGAAGAGCCGCCGGGGUCGGUAAACUGCGGCUGGUGAGCUACAUGCGGCUCUUUGGGUACGUACAUGUGGCUCUGAAGUAAAAUUGAAAAUGAAAAUAAAACUAUCAUAGUUU